GCCACUCAACGUCAAUGAACAUAGCGCUCACACCCAUUCUGGUACAAGUUUUUCACUGUGGUCCAGAAAGGUUUGUGUACAACGUUUCGACAGAAAACGUCUGCAGCCACAGUACACUGUGGGAAGCUCGGACAUCUUAUUGUUAAUUAGCAGCCCAAGGCAAAUACCUGCUUGUCAAAUCGAUAGGACGAGCUACAGGGCUGCUUUCAUCUCAACCGGCCCGACUUGAAAUUUGACACCGGUAGAGUUUACCUGUGGACUCUUCGGACGUAGAAAGGAACAGUUUUUGGUGAAAAUGUCGCUUGUCAACAGGGCGUUAUCUCGGGAGGGGCAUGCCGCCAUGAGCAUGAGGGGGGAGUCGGACAGAUGGAUUACGAUUCAGAAAAACACGUUUACUAACUGGGUAAAUGAACAGCUGAGAGUCGGAGGGAAUACAAGAAUGGUAGAGGAUCUACAAACCGCUUUUGAGGAUGGAGUAUUGCUAUGUGCACUUAUUGAAUCUCUACAAGGGAAGAAAAUCGGACGGGUCAUAAAAAAACCAAUGAACCACCAUCAGAAUCUGGAGAACUGUACCCUGGCACUGGCGGCUAUUGCCAAUGAUAACGUGCGCCUUGUGAACAUAGGAAGUGACGAUAUCUCCAACGGUAACCUGAAGCUGAUUUUGGGGUUGAUAUGGCAUCUUAUUCUACGUUACCAAAUUGGCAAGACCAAGUUCCCCGCCAAAAAGCUGAUGUUGGCAUGGCUACGAGCCGUUAUCCCAGAAUGCGGCAUCACAAACUUCACCUCAUGCUGGAACGAUGGCGUUGCUCUCCAUGCCCUAGUGAAUUACUGUGACCCAAGGAUAGAGGAGGCCACUAACUGGAGAUAUCUUAGUCACAGUGAUAGUCUGAACAACUGUAGCAAUGCCAUGAACCUGGCCAAGCAGCACUUUGACAUUCCCCUGGUCGUACGACCCGAGGAUCUGUCCAGCCCCGACCUUGACGAGCUGUCUGGAAUGACCUACUUGUCCUACUUCAUGAAGAUUGACUCGCCUGGUUACAUGGCAACCAGGAACAUGGUCCGCAACCUCCUUAGGAGUGGUACCUUCAACAACUUCACAGAAGACUGGGCUGAUGGGAGACUGUUGUGUAACCUUGUUACCUCCCUUGGAGAGUCUGCCUCACCUAUGGGUAAUCCAGUGGACGACUUACAGCAGGGUAUUGAUGCGGCCCGCAGGCUGGGCGUGGAGCCUAUCCUCACAGCCAAGGAGAUGUGUGACCCAGAGGUCGAUCAUAUCGGAAUCAUGGCAUAUGCAGCAUAUUUCGGAAACUUUAAGCCUGUUCGCACAGCAGCAGAGAAGGUUGUCAUGGAGGCGGGUCCCAGGAACGUCUUCAUUGAACAGGAGGCCGAUUUCUCGCUGCGUAUAGAUGAUUCUGAGCUAACCGCGUCAGAUGUGAGGGCCGAGAUUAAGGGACCUGACUCCAACCCUGCUGUACACUUUAACUGGGUUGGGAGCCGAGCCACUGGAACGUUUACCCCAACAGAGACUGGGCACCACAGGCUGAAUGUUUACUGUGAAAACUCACUCAUUGUUGGAUGUCCAGUGUCCUUCAAGGUCCUUGCUGACAGGUCAAGGGUCAGAUACAUCGGUCCAGACAGGUGUUCUGCUGGUCUUAUCUCUGAACUAAAGGUUGAUGUUACGAGUGCAGGACAGGGCGACAUCCAGUGUGAGGCGCGGUCACCUAGUGGACGUACGGUCAACAUGGCCGCUGUAUACCGAAACGGCAAUUACGUGAUGAAUUUUACUCCAACAGAAGUUGGUAUUUGGCAGGUGUCUGUACUGUACGAUGGAGAACACAUCUCAGACAGUCCUUACAAUGUGACGGUGUUUGACCCUUCAAGGGUGCGCGUGUACGGACUAGAGGGAGGUUCUGUCGGAACAGGACUCAAAUUCCACGCUGACACCUCGGAGUCUGGGACCGGGGAUGUAACUGUACAGGUGUCGUGUAACGGCUCGCACGUCCCCGCCUACAUCCACCAGGACAGAGUGGGACUCUACAGCAUCGACUUCACACCCCAGGGAGCAGGCACAUACAAGGUUGAUGUCUACUUCAAUGACACGGAGGUCAGAGGUUCUCCCUAUACACUGGAGAUAGUGGAUUCUGCCCAGGUAAACGUUUCUGGAGACGGUCUCAGUUUGGUUCCAGUGAAUCGCACAGCGAGCUUCGUCGUUGAUACCCACGGAUCGGGGUCUGGCAAUGUGGAUGUGGAAAUCAGUGCACCAUCAGGCUCGAAGAUAAAAUCCAAAGUCUCCAAGGACAGGGGCAGACACAAUAUUGAGUAUUCCCCUACAGAGUCAGGUGACCACCAGAUCUAUGUGUCAUUCUGCGGCCAGCCCCUACAGGGCAGCCCCUUUGUCUGUCGUGUGUACGAUGUUGGGCAGGUGGUCAUCACCAACAUGCCGCAGUUUGCCUCCAUAGGGAAGAUGGUCAAGUUCCAAAUUGAUGCCUCCAAGGCUGGGUCUGGUAACAUAGAGAUCAUGGUGAACGACGGCCGUAUUCCCUGUAGUGUUCAGAACCUCGGCAAUUACUGCUUCAAUGCUUCCUUUGUACCCGAUAAUGUCGAACCUCACAGCAUAGAGAUGAAGUUCAACAGCAAGCCUGUUAGUGGGAGUCCCUGGAAAAUCCCGAUUCUGGACAUGAAGAAGGCGCUGAAGAUAAAGAGUGAGGCAGGCUGCUAUGUACUGUGUGACCGUACAGCCAAGUUUGAGGUGGAGUUUGAUGGAGAUUUGAUGGAAACCUUUGACAUAAAGAUAACAGCUCCUGGGGGUCGGACUGUACCGUUCAACAUUGUGCAAGGUCACAGUGACCAGACCAUCGAGUAUGUUCCCGAGGAAGUCGGUGAUCAUAAUAUCCACCUGAAGUACAUGGGAAAUGACGUGGAAGGAAGUCCUUUUACUGCCAAGGCUUACGAUACGUCCGCUAUCAUCAUCACGCCACUUCAAAACGGACUGGUCGGAUCAUCCUUUGAUUUCACAAUUGAUGUAUCGCAAGCUGGGGAAGGACAGCUGGAGAUCAUGGUCAACAACGGUAACCUUCCCAACACCGUUGAGUUGGAGCGUCCGAGUGUAUACCGCAUCACGUUCACACCGACCAGUGCUGGCAAACAGUAUGUCGACAUUAACUUCAACAGUGAAGCACUGCCAGGUUCCUCAUACUCGUGUAUGGCGUACGAGGGUGCUGGCGUCACCCUGACAGGGAUGGACAACAUUAUCCCCGCCAACAGGUCCACGUCCUUCAGCAUUCAGUGCGAGUCGGAUGAGGUCACACCGGAGGUCGAAGUCACCUCUCCAAGUGGAAGCAAGUUGUCGGCCAAGAUCCGCGAGACGAGACCGGGCGCCUACUGUGUGGAAUGGAAACCUACAGAGAUCGGGAGCCACCUGGUGGAGGUUUAUUUCGCUGGGUCUCUAAUCCCAGGAUUCCCUAGUGUCGUCAAGGCAUUUGAUGCCAACAAAGUGAAGUUGUUGACUCAGCUCGGCAGAGCAGAAGUGGGAGAGAUGUACGAGUUAACAUUUUUGGUGGAUGAAGCUGGUGAAGGUCGUUUAGAGGUGGUUGUAGAGUGUGAAGGGGAGACAAUUCCUAGUUUUGUGGAGAGGAGAAAGGAAGGACAGCUGACUGCAACUUUCACUCCUAGGGCCGGCAAAAAACACCUGAUCAUCAUCACCUUUAACGAUCUACAUGUUCCAGGUUCACCAUUUGCAAUCACAGUAGAAGAUAUGGAGAAGAGGGUGACAAGAGUUGAGGAGACUGUGGUCACUUCAUCUGUCACACAACCUCUGUCGGUCAACGUCCAGCCUCUAUCGGUCAACAUCCACGCUCGCCACCUUCAAAUAGACAAGCGCCAGUGGUUCGUCCUGGAGACGUACGGCGGGGACAUCGACUCGCAGAAUCUCCAAAUACAGAUCAUAGCAUCCAACGGAAUUGUAAUACCUGCUCGCCUUGUGUCCCAGUCUGGAGGUAACUUCCGUGUGGAAUGGACCCCAACCCCACCAGGUCGACAUCGCGUGGAGGUACAGUUUUCGGGUCGCCAGGUAGAUGGAAGUCCGUUCUACGUUGACGUGUUUGACCUUCUCUCCAUCCGGGUCAACAACUUUCAACAAGGAGGAAUUGGUGAACAGGCUAGCUUCAAUGUUGACCUUGCUGAUGCUGGGUCCCUGGAGAGCACCAUACAAGUUGUCAGUCCAUCUGGACGAAAUGUCAACAGCAGCGUCGGUGGCGACUACCUGAAGUCGGUCACUUAUGUACCUGAUGAGGGAGGACCCUACCAGAUCUUCGUCAGCUAUGCUGGGUUUGAGCUUCCAGGCUGUCCGUUUAUCCAGAACAUUGACGAGGGAGGUCUCCCCACAGCCGACGGAGAUGGACUGUUCCGUGGAGAAGAGGACAAUGUGGCCACAUUUUACGUUGAUGUCGGGAAGAGGAGGGGAGAACUGGGAGUACAAGUUGAUGGCCCAAACUCCAUUGCCAAGACAACAAUAGAGCCUUCAGGUGACCGGUACGUGUGUACUUACGUCCCUGUAGAGGUGGGCGUGUUCAAUCUACAGCUCCAGUGGAAUGGCAAAAACAUCCCAGGGAGUCCUUUCCACCCUAAGAUCGUGGACCCAAGGAAGGUGAAGAUUUAUGGUGGCUGGCAGACCUUGAUGGACAGCCAGGAAAGAGUGAAACUGAUUGUUGGGGAGGAGAAGCGCCUUGUGUUUGACGUGUCACAGGCAGGUCCAGGCAUCUUGAAGGGAGAAGUACAGGGACCAUCCUCUUCCCUGCCAGUCAUAGUGGACGGUCAUACUGUGGGGCAGAAUGUCAUCUGUUUUACCCCCGAAGAGGAAGGUAAUCACUACAUCCACCUGUUCUGGGCAGAACGCACACUUCCCAGCUCUCCAUUCAUUGGCUACGCUGUUCGCCUAUCUGCUGAUGCCAACAAAGUCAUCCUUACUGGGCGUGGUCUGAAGGAGGCCAAAGUUCGCGAGGAGGCGGAGUUUGUCAUUGAUGGUUCUCAGGCAGGUCCUGCCUUCCUGUCUGCAGGUGUACCAGAAGUAACACUAUCAGGAGUGAGGGCAGAGAUCAACAACAGAGUAGUCUCCCUUGGAAAUGGGCGUUUCCACUGCACCUACACACCGAUCAUUCCUGGGGCUUACCUUCUCCACAUCGUUUGGAAUGGACGUCAACUGAAGGGGUCGCCAUACAAGGUCAAUGUCAUCGGGGCUUUCUUCCCCCACAAAGUAUCUGUCACUGGUGAGGGCUUGAAGGGAGGCAUUCUGGGAAGAACCUCUGAUGUUAUGAUUGAUGUCAGAAAGGCAGGACCAGGUGAGCUGACAGCUGCCUGUAUGGGACCCUCAAAGAUUGCUUAUGUGGAGCUUCAUGAUAACAAAAAUGGAACGUUCCAACUGGCCAUCAAACCAAUGGAGGUCGGCAGACAUGUCAUGCAGAUCAAAUACGGAGGGGAGCAUGUGCUCGGGAGUCCGUUUAUCAUAAAGGUGGGAUCACAGCCUGAUGCUAGUAAGGUACGUGUCACAGGCCCGGGAGUGGAACACGGAAUCCUGGCGAUGUUCCAGAGCAGUUUCGUGGUAGAGACACGAGGAGCUGGGGCUGGUCAACUCACGGUCAGGAUCAGAGGACCGAAAGGUGGGUUCCAAGUUGAGAUGUACCGAGACAGCCAGAGGGACCGUACCAUUCUCUGUCGCUACGACCCCACAGAAACUGGUCUCUACAUCCUCAGCAUACGCUGGUCUGGCGUGGACGUUCCUGGAAGUCCAUUCCAGAUCAAUAUCAUGGACACAAAGCAGGAGCUAGAUGAAUUGCUUGCCGAAAAAGCCUUUAACACCAGUUCUGCCACGCCUCGAACAUACGCUCAGUGGAAAGCAGAAAUAUAGAGGUCUACGUACCGCCCAAAAGCUGAAAUCAAAUAAGACAGAUGCUGUGAAAACAAUGCCAUACUUUCCGUUCAUACUCAAACCUCAAAAUAUAUGAGAUGAGAUAAAGUUUGGUACCCAGGUCAAAGUACUCAAAAUAGAAUUAUGAGAUUUACUCCUAGAAAUACCAAUUUUUGUUUUUAGUAAUAUGAUGGUUUCAUGCCUAGCAGACUAGGGUUAUUAGGUAUGAGAUUUAGCUUCAUUGAUCCAAAAAUAUUGUGUUAAACAUUCAAUCAUUUCUGAUUAUGCAUUUAUAAUUUAACUUCAGGAUUUACCUCAAGAUACUAGUAUGCAAUGAAUAUGCUUUUGCUAUGCUUGAUUUUAGUGAAAUUUUGGUGCCCCUGACCAGGCAUAGAUAUUGUUAAAGAUUUUUUGAUGCUGUAACCAGGCAUACAAAAAGUUGAAAAUGUGUACAUGGUACGUUUAGCAUACGAUCAAACGGUACUUAACAGGUUACCAUUAACAAUCAACACAUCAAGAGGAAGAUAACAGAUUUUCACAGCUGUUAUUCAUUAUACCUCUAGUACGCAUCAUCUACAAAACCUAGACACAAUCACGAUUAAAUGACUAGCAUGAAUAUUUUCAAAAUUCAUGCACAUAUAUCAUUGUACACUGUAUAUGUAUGUAUUGUGUAAUAUUUGACUGUUUGUGAUAUUAUUUUCAACUAGUAAAUGCCCCCCCCCCCCCUCCCUAUAACCUAUCUAUAAGUAAUGUAACAUCACAAUAUGUUGUAAGGACAUUAAACAAAGUCUUGCAAUCAUAAUUUUUAGGAUGUUGUGAAAAAAGUUCCAGAAUUCAUUGUCAUUUUUUUCUUUCGUUUUUCUGACGAUUUAUUUGUUUUGUUUCAGAAAAUCAUUAGCAGUGGUUGUUUAGACUUAGUUUAGAUAUAUAUAUAUUCAGGGUAUAAUUAUUUCCCGAAUGUGCUUCAGUCUUGUUCUUUUGAUCAAGGUGCUAUGCUGUGCUUAAAGAUAUGAUAACUCGGAGAGUUUACAAAACAGAAUAAAUAACUUCUACAGAGCUUCAGAGAUAAAUUACAUUUCGGUACGCUUAGUUCGAAGAAUUGCUCAUGUGAUGUUUGAAGAAGCAUUUUGAUUCAAGGUAUGAUAAGUCGUGCAAAAAUGAAAAAUUGUGCGAUAACUUAUCUACCGUUAAUACUAAACAUCAAUUCCGACUUAUUGUAACUUUGGAAACACUUUUCCAGGCAGAAGUAAACAGAGACAAUAUGCUGUUGUUGAAAUCCUCAUGUAUAAUACUUCAAGAACAAUAAAAAAAAAAAAAGUGAUUUAAAUUGACUGUCGAGGCACGAUUUACUGAAAUAUUAACGUACAUUCUCACCUUGAAUGACUUGAUGCAAAGGCAUAUAUAUGUAAUGCCAAACCUUUUUCUAAGUAUUUCAAUACGCAUUGUUUAGCAAUUGUCCAAUCAUAUAAUAAUCAGAAGUAGCAUAUCUUGGGUAUAGCUGAAAUUUACACUCCUCAUUAGAAUUUUUAACAUCACCAAUAUUAAUAAAUUCAUCUCUUGUAACAUAAUUAUUAAGUUUUCCACUUAGAAAAAUGUUUUAAAAUUUGAUUUAAUAGAAUAGAUUUGUUAAACACAGAUGUUAUCUUUGUUUCAAAUAUUAAAGUAGUCUGAUACAUAUCACAUUGACAACGAAAUGAUUUUUUUAUUUUAUGAUUGUUCCACAGACUACAUGAGUAAAGGAAAUCGGCCGAUUGAUGUAACGUUGGCGACUUUGAGGUGAAAGCCCAGAAUCUAACAGAUAUUAUAUGUACAAUGUACUUUUUACUCGUCACUUUUCGUAAAACUGCUCUUACAGCGUAAAACUGAUUGUUUGUUAAAACUUCAAUGCCAUACUUUUGCUAUUUUUGGCAGGGUAAGCAAUUUUGAUAUGUUUGUAUCAAAAUGAUUUAUAGCUGGAAGCACAGGUCAAAAUACUCUGUAGGAACUGUCAAUUUCUCCUUUUUUUUUGUGGGAAACCAUUAAUCAUUUUAGUGCUGAAGGUACGAUUUCUAAGUUAUCGGAUAUGUGUAUAGUUUUUAGACACAAAGUGUUUGCUGUCAUGUUGAAAUGACAGAUUUCAUUGUACAUGUACUAGAAAAUAAACCUGCUACAUAAUUUACGCUGUAUGUGGUAUUUUCGUGAUUACAUUACGAAGGUCAUAAACCUGACAUGAUAAAGGGACACUGUACCUGUGUAAGAUUUUUGUGUUUAACCCUUUCACCACCAUAGACCAUAAUGGAUUCAUCCAUAUUAAUACAUAGUAGAGUCUACUAAAAUGAUGUAGGAGUGAAAGGGUUAAUUGCAAAAUGUUUGCCUUGCUGAAUUAAACUAUUAGUUGUAUUAAUUCUCACAUCUAUUUUUUUUCUAAAGAUUUGUACUAGAUGUUUUAGGGUUAAAUGUUCAAAGGGUUAAAGGUUUCAGGGUUUAAAGAUUCAAACAAUGAUAUUGAGAUAGGAAUUAAUUUUCUAUCUUCUUUUUGUCCAUCAGAUUUUUACUAUGCAAUUUCACAUUUUGCUAAAAUGUUUUGAAUUGACUGUGUUUUUUUAUAACAUAUAUAUAAAUUUAUAUAUUCUGCAUUAUAUGUAUAUUAAUGGCAUAAUACAUUAAGAAAUUAUCAUCCGUUAUUUGCAAAAUCAAUUAAUAUCAUGAUGCCAUAAACCAAAUUAUUUGAGGUGUAGCAGGAUUUGUCUAAAUCUGCUUCUCCAAUUUCUACACGUAUAUCUGCUGUUUUUAUCUGUCUACAUGGCUUAUAGCUUGUGUAGGAGGUUGGCAGUAAAGACAAAUAUUUAAGAUUAACUAAAAUUAGUUAUAAUGAAUAAUUUGCCUUGGAGAUGUUAUGGACUAUAUAUUAAUUAGCUUUUAGAUUAAAACUUAGUUAAUUAUUAAUUGUACUGCGAGUCCCCUCUGUACAAACGAGGAGUAAUUGUCUCCAUGUGCCCCCUGUGUGAGGGUAAUAUGGUGUUUUUUGAAUAUAUAUCAAAAACUAAAAUACAUAUGAGAUUGUAAUAUGUAACCUGUAAUUAAAAAAAAAAUAUUAAAAAAAA